AGGGAUUAAUUAUAAUAAUAAUAAUAAUAAUUUGUGUAUUAAAAAAACUUAAAAAAUUUAAUUUUUAUUAUUAUUAUCAUCAUAAUGAGAAAAUUUAUUAUUGUGAUUUUUUAUCUAAUUGUGCAAAUUUUAUAUGUAACAAGUAGAACUCAAAAAACUGCACUCGAUUCACAAGAAAAUAUUCGUACAUGGCAAAAUAUUCGUGCCUUCUUUUCCAGUAUUAAUACUCUUCCAGCAAGAAGCCAGAAAAUACUGCAACGUGCACGGAAUGCACGACGGCUACAGGAUCGAGUUCCAGAUUAUGUACCAUUUCCAUGUGAUGUAAAAGGUGGAAGAUCUCCGGUUAUACCAAAUAGUGUUCAUAAAUUAAGGCCCGGUGAUAUUGACCUGAUUGGAUCAUUGGGAGAUUCAUUAACAGCAGGAUUAGGUAUUUUCGCAACAAAACUUGUAGAAUUACUCACCGAAAAUCGUGGUGUGAGUGCCACUGGAGGGGGUCAAGGUUCUUGGCGUGAAUUUCUUACAAUUCCUAAUAUCCUUAAGGAAUUUAAUCCCAAUUUAAUAGGGUAUGCCGUCUCGGAUUCUUUAUCAUUUCAAAGUGGAUCGAAAUUUAAUAUAGCAGAAUCUGGAGCUAUAUCCGGUGAUAUGCCCUUCAUGACGGAACAACUAAUUCGAAGAAUAAAAAACGAUUCAAGAGUUGAUAUUGAAAAACAUUGGAAGUUAAUAUCGCUGAUGAUUGGAGCAAAUGAUUUUUGUUCUGAAAUGUGUUAUCUCCAAUCACCCUGGACAAUAGUAAAAAAUCAUCGAGAGGAUCUUUUAGAAACAUUAAGAAUUCUUCGUGACAAUUUACCACGAACACUUGUCAAUAUUAUUCCGCCACCACAUUUAAAAACACUUUUUAAUAUUAAUAAUAAACCACCAAUAUGUGAAUUAACAACAAGCUUCUCUUGUCCAUGUAUUUUUGGUUUAAGAUGGCGAAAUCAACACGAAGUCUUUUACGAAAUAAUGACAAGAUUUCAGAACAUUGAAGAGGAAAUUGCACAAUACUCAGAAUUUCAAAGAAACGAUUUUGCUGUGAUUGUUCAACCAUUCACGACUAAUUUAUCAUUUCCAAUCGGAAAGGACGGUAAUUUUGAUCUCAGUUAUUUAUCAGCUGAUUGUUUUCACAUCAGCCAAAAGGCAAAUGCCAGAUGCACAAAUGCAAUAUGGAAUAAUAUGUUUCUUCCGCCUGACGAAAAAAUACGUGAUUGGGAUGAACUUUUUAAGAAUUUUGCAUGUCCAACAACAAAAACACCAUAUAUAGCAACAUGGCAAAAUAGCCAAAAAAAAUUUGGAAAUUAUUAAUA